AUGUCCCCACUGCGUCGCAGUUCGCGGCGCGGGUCGUCGCCAGCGUCUCCUGCACGCGAGCGAUCGCAGCGCAAGGCGGCGCGGGGCGCCUUUUACACGCAGUACUUUGAAGAAGGCGAGCUCGGCGAGGAGGAAGACACGUACGAGGCGCCGCACGAUGCCACCGACGACGACAGUCAGGACCCUACGGCGGAGCCAAGGCGGAUGCAUGUAACGCGCAGUGGUCGCCGAACCACGAGCUAUGGCACGCGGGCGUGGGGCGACGACGACGAGCCGACUGAUAAGGUCGUCCGUCCCCGCCGCUCGACGCGCGUCAGCAAAAGUCUUCGCGACUUUGUCGCGUCUGACGAUGAGGAGGAAGAUGAAAACGCUGACUACGAGGAAACCAUGCGUGCGCGACGCGUUGUCGAGCGUGCUGAGCGUGCACAGCGGCGACAGAACCUCAUGGAUCUCGCUGCAUCGCGCUCCGCACGACGCACCGGCGCGGAUGCGGACGAAUCGAGCGACGCGCGUGCGCGCGCAUCGUCGGACGAGAGCGAGGAUGAGUCUGCGCCUGCCGCACGCCACCGCUCGUACAGCUUUCGCGAGCGCAAAAAGAUCAACUAUGCACUGGUACCGCCGCAGCCUGAGCCACUGCGCGACGGCUUUGGUCGGCGAAUCCGGCGCACAUCGCGCCCCAGCACGCGCGCGAUCUCAGACGAGCCAGACGCCUCGCAAUCCCGCUCUGGCUUUCCGAACCUGUCACUCCCUAGUUUGCCUCGCGCGACGCGCGCUGGCGCGUGGCCGAGUGUGCCGCUGAGCCUACCAGGGCAAGAUUUCAUGGGUGACAUGGACAGCUCGGACGACGAGCCGCCGCGCACGGGCCUGGCUCCCACACAGAGUGCCCUGGACGGCCGCCUUGCCGCGCCGCUGCUAGAGAGUGGUCCGACGCCGACCUCGGGAGCCGGUGCACUUGGCUCGGCUACUGAUGCGUUUGGGCGCGUGCACGAAAAGGAUGCGCUUGCCGAUGUCGACCCCCUGGGUGUCCGUAUGGACAUUGACUUCUCGCAGGUGGGUGGCCUGGAAGACCACGUGCAGCAGCUCAAGGAGAUGGUCAGCCUGCCCCUCCUUUACCCUGAGGUAUUCCAGCGGUUCGGCGUGACUCCGCCGCGCGGUGUUCUCUUCCAUGGUCCUCCUGGUACUGGCAAAACUCUGGUGGCUCGAGCGCUCGCAGCCAGCUGCUCGACGGAGGGCCAAAAAAUUUCGUUUUUUAUGCGCAAAGGCGCCGACUGCUUAUCCAAGUGGGUAGGCGAGGCCGAGCGUCAGCUGCGCCUCUUGUUUGAGGAGGCCAAGCGUGCACAGCCCAGUAUCAUUUUCUUUGACGAAAUUGAUGGUCUUGCGCCGGUUCGCUCCAGCAAGCAGGACCAGAUCCAUGCGAGUAUCGUGAGCACGCUCUUGGCGCUCAUGGACGGCAUGGACGGGCGCGGCCAGGUGGUGGUCAUUGGCGCGACGAACCGCCCCGACUCGGUGGACCCUGCGCUCCGUCGGCCGGGCCGCUUUGACCGCGAGUUCUACUUCCCUCUGCCAUCGCGCGCCGCACGGCAGAGCAUCCUUCAAAUCCACACGCGCCACUGGGACCCGCCGCUGGACGAAUCGCUAAUUCAUGUUUUGGUCGACGCAACACAUGGAUUUGGAGGCGCAGAUCUUCGUGCCCUGUGUACUGAAGCCACGCUAAAUGCGAUCCAGCGCAGGUACCCUCAGAUCUACCGAACCAACGAGCGUUUACUGCUGGCUCCAGAGACCAUUCAGGUGGACGGUCGCGACUUUUUGCUGGCGCUCGAGCAUAUGGUUCCCUCGUCCGCUCGCUCUACGAGUGCGUCUUCGACGCCCCUCGCGCCACACCUCCAUCCGUUGCUUGCGUCGUGUCUGCAGGAGUGUGAGGCGCUCUUUGCGCGGCUGCUGCCUCAGCGCACCAAACGCAAGGCCUUGGAAGAGGCCAUCUACGAGGACGAUGUCGCUACAGCAUCGACAGACGACCACUCGGGCGCUGCACGACUAGAGCGAGAGCUGCUUCAGCAAUCGUUUGUACAGGCCCAAGUGUAUCGUCCUCGCUUGCUUCUUCACGGCACACCGGGUUUGGGCCAGCGCAUCAUCGCUGAGGCACUACUGCAUUCCAUCGAAGGCUUUCAUGUGCUCACUAUCUCGGCCGCGCAGCUACUGGGCGACGGCACACAGACGCCUGAGGCUGUCCUCUCGCAGCAGUUCCAGGAGGCUCGGCGGCUCAUGCCGAGUGUCCUGUUUGUACCGGACGUGGAUCGGUGGCCCAGUUUGUACUCUGAGCAUCUCCAUGCAAUGAUGGGCGCGCUCCUGCAUGGUUUGCACCCACAAGACCGGAUCAUGCUUCUCUCGACGUCCGACACACCUGCUGCUCUCUUGCCUGCUUCGAUCCGUGCGUGGUUCGGUAGCUGGCCAUGGCAUUCGUACGCUAUGCAGCUGCCAAGCGAGGCGCAGCGCCGUGACUUUUGGCAUGACGUCGCAGUGCAGGCGGCCCGACCGCCGACGCAGUUUGCUGAUGCCGUCCCACGCCGGCUUCGCGUGCUUGAGGAUUUGCCCAAGGCCCCUCCACGUCCGCCGCGAAUGCCGACGCAACUGGAACUGCAUCAGCAGGUGGAACACGACGCGCGAUUGCUUGAGCACCUCAAGUUCCGUCUUGGCUCCGUGCUCGCGGAGCUGCGCAAGAAAUUUAAAAAGUUUACGCGCAACGUGUGGGACGAAUACAAUUUGCGCACGCUCAUGGAACAGUUUGAGUGGCGCCGAGAAAAAGGCAAGGUCAUUAUUCAGCUGCGGUACGAUCGUCAUCCAGCGGUGGACUCAGAUGUCGAGUCGGGACACAGCGCGAGUCCCCAUGCUGAGGUUCCUGCUGAGGUGCGCCACCCAGUCGAGUCAGUCAUGGCCGUUGAUGAGACAGGUGAUGCCCCUGCAGCUUUGCCUGCCGAGGAGCCGCAAGAUGCGCCUCAUGAUGUGGAUAUCGAGACAACUGAAGAGCCGACCGUUGCGACUACAGGCGAUGAUAAUACAGACCCUGAGGACUCGACAUAUGUUCUUCGCGAUUUUACCAUUUAUACCAUGACACUGGACAAAAUGCAAAAGCGUCUAUACCACAACCAGUACCUCACAUGCGAUGCUUUCAUGGAGGACCUUGGCAAGAUUGUAUCGAAUACCGAAGCAGCAAGCGAGGUGGACUCGGAUCGCGUAUUCCGUGCACAUCAAAUGCAGAAUUUUGCGCGGAUUUUGCUAGACCAGUACGUCGAUGCGCCUUUUCGUGCGGAAUGUGCGGCCAUGGCCACUCGUGUCCUGGCUCGAGAAGAGGAAGCACGUCGCGAGGCGGAAAAGAAAAAAGAGCUCGAAGUGCAUUCACGUCGUCCCAACGGGCAACGAUACAGUGCACGCAUGCUAGGUGAAGAGCCUCAAGCCAGUGAUCUCGUCGAUGUAUCAACGAUUGAGCGCGCCCACAAGCGGCAUCGUUCGCACUGCCCUGACGACAACGCGUCAAACAGUCCGCCUGUCAUGCAGGAGCCGUCUUUGAAUAAGACAGCUGCUUCCGAUGGCAUGCUUGUGCCUUUGAUGGAUCCUGCUCCUGCCGCAGUGCCUUUGCCCAGCACGCCUUGCGUACUUCUUGACGAAGCGGCCCAAGCGCAGCUUGUGGAGGCGCUCGUGCAGCGGACGGCGGACUUUACCGUUGAGCAGCUCGAGCAAACCCGUGCUGGUUGUUACGAGCGCAUCCUCGCGCACCGGUCCUCUUGGAAGCGCGACACACUUGUAUGUGAUUUGUACGACCUUGCCCAGCAGAUGCGCGACGCUGUUUGUGCGGAUAACGUCGCGACUCCGUAG